UUCUCGUUACAUGCACGCAGCUUCAAGCGGAUGAGAAGUACCCGGUAUCAUACUUAGUAGCUUAGUUUAUUAUUUCUUUGAAAGUACCUGGGCCAUUGUUUCGUCUUAUCAGCGUGAUAUAUUGUAACUAACGCCCCCAAGACUCCUGAAUUGAAAUAGGAAAUUGUAAACUAACCACCACCAUGCGAACGUGUCAUAACAAGACAUUUAGCUAAGCUAGAUACAAUGCUAGCUUGUCAUCGUUAAAGAUACCUAGCGUUGUCUAAUUUACUAGUGCAAGAUUGCGACGUUAACUUCCAAAUGAGCCCUUUCUGAGAAGGCACACGAUUUAAAAACCUCCCAUCUUUUAUAUCGCAUAGAAAACUACCAUUGUUUUCUGCCAGUGCAGUAACAAAUCUCGUGUCUUCCAAUCAUGUUCCACAACAGUUCUCAGAAAAAGUUUUGGCAAUUCGACGGUGAGGCUGCGCUGGAGAAACAAAGAUAUGAAGCUAAUCAGAAGUUUCGCUCAAAGAUAAUGGCUAGUGGAAAGCCAGUCAGCGAUUCUUUAUUUCUUGACCCCCACGAGGAAAUGGUGAUCUUCAGACACUAUGAGAAGAGGCUGAUUGACUUCUGUUCGAUCUUCAAACCAACAAUGCCAAAAUCCGUCGUGGGCACAGCCGUCAUGUAUUUUCGGAGGUUUUACCUGAACAAUUCCCUGAUGGAGCAUCACCCUAGGAUAAUAAUGUUGACAUGUUCAUACCUUUCCUGCAAGGUGGAUGAGUUCAAUGUGUCCAGCACGCAGUUUGUUGGCAACCUUCAGGAGACACCAGCUGGGCAAGAGAAGGUUCUGGAGCAGAUCUUGGAGUAUGAGCUUCUCCUCAUCCAACAGCUCAACUUCCAUCUGGUCAUUCAUACCCCUUACCGACCUAUGGAGGGCUUGCUCAUCGACCUGAAGACUAGGUACCCAAUGCUGGAGAACCCCGAGGUGCUGAGGAAGACUGCUGAUGACUUCCUGAACCGGGCUACCGUGACUGAUGUGGGGCUCCUAGCUUCGCCUUCUCAGAUAGCCCUGACCGCUGUGUUAAACAGUGCCUCUCGGGCUGGGCUCAGCAUGGAGAGCUACUUGACAGAAUGCAUGGGACUUAAAGAUGAUAAAGAGACUAUGUCAAAACUGAUGGACACCAUGAGGAGAAUGAAACACCUCACUAAGAAAUAUGAGCUACCGAAACCAGAAGAGGUUGUCAUGUGCAAACAAAAGCUGGAAAGGGUCUAUGCAGAGUUCUCCUCCUCAAACCUUUCUCUGUGAAGCUUCAGCCUGAGCCCCGCCCUCCUAAGCCUUCACCGCGUCAUCAGUAAUGUAAAUGUAUAGGAAAUCUCAUUUUGGAUGGCAGAAACAUCAUGGUGAUCAAAUGGUUCUAUUUCUACAAGGCAGGCCUCUGGAUUUGUCUGAUAUGACUGAUAGUAAAUGCUAGCAAAUAUAUCAAACAGAAGUAUUUCACUUAGUUAUGUUCGCCCAAGCAAUGUUUUGCUGAUGUUGCCAAAUCUGAUUUAUAGCCAAGGAUUAAACUAAUCUCAUAGUGCCAUUGCUUUGAAAAUAAUUUUGAUUAGUUGUAUACUGAGUAAAGAUGGGGUAAGCCUAUGUCAUUUCUUAUGCAAGAUAUAUGGCUUCAAAGUGACCUAUGCUAGCAAAUAAAAUAUACCAUGCAUUUCUGUGGUCGGUGCACGUUCCAAAAAAUUAAUUCUCAAAUGUUUUUCUUUCAAUACACACUGUAAGCUAUUCAUGGUUGCCAGGGUUACUUUUUUUUCUGUGAUAUUGAUCAAAACCGGCUAAAUGUAAGUUUCUUUUCUGGUGUACUAUUGGUAAGCAAGCCAGUUGGACAGUUUGGAUUGCAUGAAAUUAUAUUAGUUUUGAAGCGCAAUCCUGUUGCUAAGUUGGUAUUGUAACCUACAGUAUGGUGAGUAGGUUUGGAUGUUAUCUAUUCUUGUUGAAUAGAUAAUGUCCUUUGACUUUCAAUUGUACGUAUUCAAAUUGCUCAUUUAAUUUAAUCGACUGAGCGAGCCUAAAAAGCAAACCCCAGACCUAGUGUUAACAUCUCAUCUGUCAUCGUGUUUUAGCAUGAAAUAAAUUACGUUUAUUUACCACG